CAUCUUCCUAUUCCCGAUUUGCUUCUUAUUCAAUUCAAGCGGCUGUAACUCAGUCGACAUGUGGCUACAGUAGCCUGUGUGGCUGUGUUGUCGUGUAUAUACACUACACUACACACGCAUAUAUGUAUAGAUAGAUAGAUGCACACGGCAUUCCGCCGACCGACCGGAGCCUUUUGCGCCCUGUGUUGUUCUCGUUUCCCAUCAAGAGAUAGUGUUCCUUUAGCUCGUUUUGCACAAAAUCAAAGUUUCGCGCAUGAAAUGCUCCACUGACUUGGCCCCGCUCCUCGUCAAUGCUUCCCUAACCGCUGGGAUAAACUGGACGCGGCAACCGAGCUAUGCAAUUUGCUCUGGCAUUUCUGGUUACGCUCUUCUCUCGCCCAGGCGCUCCACGGGCUGCAUGCAUGCAUGCAUCACUUUAUUGACAUUCAUCCAUCGUUUUCGAUUAUAUUUGCUACGCCAUGGCCUCCGUGCGGCAGUGCGCAGCCGAGUGUUCCUCCAGCGGCUGUCAUUACUCUGCUCCGCUAAUCACAAUAUAAACAAUCCCAGAAAAUAAUGCCGGAUUUGUAAUAUUAUAACGCCGCUCACCUGCAGCUGAUUUCUGCCGUACACAUCGGGGAUUCUUAUAUGUAUAUUGUGUAUUUCCCCAUCUGCUCAACAGCACCAACACGGACUCAUGAUGCGCUAUCUCCUGGAAAAAUUAUGGAUACGUGUUGUUUUGUCAUUGUUUUUUAUAUUACAGACCAGGGGGAAAAAGGAAUUUCCGCACAAACUGUUUCACAGAUUAAUGAAAAAUUACAACAUGGAAGAAUGGCCUUCGUAUCAAGCAGGGGAAGGGAUACCGACAAGAGUCUACAUUGAAAUUUAUAUUGUGGCCAUCAGCUCAAUCGAUGCCAGCAGUAUGGACUACUCAGUUGAUUUUUAUCUAACACAACACUGGAACGAUCCAAGGUUACAUUUUGAUGCCGACAAAGACGGGACAAAAAUACUUGAGCUACAUCAACUGCGUCAAAUCAAAAAGCUCUGGCUGCCAGAUCCAUAUUUAAUAAACGCUAAAAAAGCGUACUUCCAUGAGGUAACACAACCAAAUCGUUUCCUCCGCAUAACACAGGAAGGAAAUGUAACGUAUAAUUCCCGACUAACAGCAACAUUAACGUGCCAAAUGGAGCUGAACUAUUAUCCCAUGGAUACGCAGGAAUGUUCCAUUUAUUUAGAAACAUACGGUUACUCAACAGAAAUCCUGUACUUUCACUGGCACUGGGAUAAAUCAAAAGCUUUUACAAUCAAUUCAGAGCUUAAACUUCCGCAGUUUCUCAUUUCGGGAUACACAUACAAGGAAGGCACUGAUGAAUAUUCAAUGGGGCAUUUUUCUUAUUUGAAAGUCUUCAUAAAAUUCCAGCGUCAAGUCAGUUAUCACCUCAUUCAGACGUAUCUGCCUACUUUCCUGAUCGUUUCCAUAUCAUGGGUUAGCUUCUGGCUCAGUGUGGAAGCGGUUCCCGCGAGAGUCUCACUGGGCAUCACAACUUUGCUCACAAUGACCACACUAAUUAGCGGCGCCAAGCAAGGACUUCCAGCUGUAUCGUAUAUUAAAGCCUUGGAUGUAUGGAUGGGAACAUGUACAUUUUUUGUAUUUGCCACAUUACUGGAGUACGUGAUAGUCUCGAAGACCUCCAGGAAGAAAGUGCCCAUGUUAGUGCCGCGUCCCCGGCAGAAUUCCAACCACAUGUCACGCAGCCACACACUGGUACCGGUCAGUCCAAAUGCCACGAUGAAAUUUGAUAACUGCUUCUUGCCUGAUAUGCCGCCACCAGGCAGAUCACCUAGUCAGAAUCAUCUCAAAGGGUCUCGAAAAAUGAGCGGGAGUUUCGAGUACGAAAUGCCCAUACCGGAAUCGCCGCCGCCCCAUGAAACCUACAUGCCGCCCAUGUCGAUGCCGGCUGCUCCACCAAUAUUAUCAGCCGCCGAACAAGCCAAACGGAUCGAUGUUAUUGCUCGUAUUCUCUUCCCAUCCUUGUUCGGUGCAUUCAACUUUGUGUACUGGACAUAUUAUAUGCUACAAUCCUAUGAUCGUAUGGAAGAAGCUUCUUAACGAUUUAUUCUCCAACUGACUUUUUCCGCGUCGACGGGAUUGUACACAUAUAUAUACACACACAACACACCAUGUGCCGGUUCGUGUUAUUUGGGAAUGCAACCUUAUCUUCCUUGGAUUUUGAGCGACGCCGGGAAAAAUGUGAAAGAGCGACAGGGAGAAGAGAGAGAAGAACGAGCACUCAACGGUUAAAGGGAAAAGAGGGGCGGUUCCAGAUCGAGCACAAAUAAUUGGAUCGUAAUACUGACCAAAUCUAUGGAAAUCUAUCAACUGACGUUACUUUGCCGGCAAUACAAGGCGGCGGCCUUUAACCGAGGCGAGCGUCAAUUAUGUUGUGCUGCAACAAAACGACGAGACCGAAGCAAAACGCGCUUGACACACACACUGCUCAUACAAUUCACCGAAAACGGGCCUUUUUUACGUUGUGCGACGCCUGCGCUGCGCUGAGAAAUGUGUACGCGGACGGUACUAUGUAAAUUAUUUGCGCAAUUGUUCUGGUUGGAGACUGAAAGACGGGGAGAGAAAGAGAUUGGGAACGAGAGAUGUGUUUCCUUUUUUAUUCCUCUGUGCUUGAAUGGCGCGGUAUUAAGCCGGUCACAGAAUGGAGGCGCGGGAAUAAGUCAAAAUUAAUGCCAUUGUGAUUUUGCAACAUUUGGACGAAAAUGUCUUCCGUGUAGAAAUCUUUUAAUUUGCCAUGACUGACAAGAUGAAUAAAAGCUUUUU